AUGAACUCUCGACCCAAAACAGAACCUGGGUCACCGUCUGUGGCAUCGAGUAGCCAUGGAAACUUUGAGGAGAAGAGCAUUACCGAACUCAUCUCAGUAUUGCGUGUUGCGUAUCUUGUGGAUGAUUUUGACAGAGUCGAAAAGGUUUUGGUGGCUAGGGAUGAGAGACUCAGAGAUGAAAUUGGGCCACUCCUACAUAAGAUUGAGAUGGAGAGGCUGGAGAUAAUUCAAGUUCAAGAAGAACUGAUGAAGAGAGAGGAACUGUGUGAGAGGGGCAAGAAAGUGCAGGAGAGUUAUGAAACAUUGGAAGUGAAGACAAAUGGAUUGGUUGAUAAAAAAACUAUUGAAGAGCUCAAGAAUAAGAACCUUGAAUUAGAGUGUGAAAAUUCCAAGCUUAAGGAGUUGAAGAAAAAAUGGGUGGAAGAUAGCAAUGCUUUGCAUAAGCUUAGGAUCAGAGUCCGUGAGUUGGAGGAUGAGAAGCUAGAUGACAAGAAUGUUUUGGCUGCACUUAAGAUAAAAAACAAUGAAUUGGAAGGAGUGAAGAAGAAUUUGGCAACCCUUGAAGAGUUGAGAACUGAAAACCACAAAUUAGAAGAUGAGAAGCUUAGGCUUAAGGCAUUGGUUGAGUCUUUGGUGAGGAAAUUUGGUGAACUGAAUCGUAGGGUUGUGAGAUUGGAGGUUGAUACAAAGCUUUUAAUGAGUGCAGAUGCCUCUAGUCGUGGAAACAAUAAGGGGGAGCCUCCAGCUGAUCCUAAGGUUACUUUUCAAGUCAUAGAUAAAGAGGAUGAAGAGUUGAAUGAAAUGGAUGUUAAUGGCUACGAGUUUGGAAUUGACACUGGGGGCCCUGCUCCUUUGCAAAGAAAUGAAGAUACUCCCCACUCUCUUGGUGCUGGCACUACUCAGUUCCCAAGCAAAGCAAAGAAAGAUGCUCUAGGUGCAUCAGCUCGGGGAAGAUUGGUAUCGGAAAAUGUUAUUGAGAUUGUAGACCUAGAUGAUGAUGAUGAUAGGUAUAUAUCACAUGGAAAGAAGGCUAUUUCUCAAAAUAUUGUGAAGAAUGAGCAUCCAAGUUCAUCAGACGCAGCCCAGCAGAAAAACAUUUUUACAAAAGCACAGAAGAUUGAAAUGGUCAAAAGAAAAUUUCCUUUUUCUGAUAGUGACAGUUCCAGUUCCAGUUCCUCUAUUGAAUCAUUAAAUAUCGAUAGUCUUGCGUUAAGUUCCCGUGGUAUUGCAUGUAAAAAGAAAAGUUAAAAUUAGGCAAAGAGUCAUGGAUUAAACUCUCUUUUUUUUUUUUUUUUUUGAAAGAUCCUGGAUUAAACUCAUUGCCAAGGUAAAUGGGCUUUAUUAAAUAUAGCCCAUUUAGAUUAGUUCCAGUUUCUACGUGGAAGCUUAGAUUAGUUCCUGAUUUAAACAUGUUGCAAUUGUAUAUUAUUAUUGGUAUGGUAGACACAGUACCCUUG